AUGCCCACAGAGAAGCUGGGCAGCAAAAGAAAUACAAGCUGUAUUACUAAUCAAACGACAACAGUGACUCAACAAGAUGAUAAUAAAAGUGAAAAUAGUGACAUCAGCGAAGAUGAAGUUACCACAUCGACGAGGUCAAAAUUUAACAAUGCUAAUCCUUCGCCAGUGUUCGAAUAUGCAGAACCAAUAACACCGAAUGAUUUUCAAUGCAAACUUUGUUCAAAACACUAUCGGUGUGGUACGGGAACAACAGCGAAUAUUUGUAAACAUUUGGCGAACUCGCAUGGUAUUACUCGACUGUUAUACAAAUCUCAAAAAACUAGCGCGUCAGUGAUACCAAAUGAGACAAAGAAAUUGUUUGAUGAUGCAGCAAUUCGAUGCAUUGUCAAAGAUAGCAGACCAUUCAACGAUUUUCGUCGUCCUGGUAUGCAGUUAUUCAUGAAAGAGGGAAUUCCAGGUUAUCGAGGUCCACACUCGAGAACAGUGCGCCGUCGUCUUCUUUCUUUAUAUACAAUGAUACAAAAUGAUACAAAAUCUCAAGCAAAAGCUGGUAAAUGUUGAAAAUGUUGCGCUCACUGCUGAUUUAUGGAAGUCUGGAAGAAAACGAUAUUUCCUAUGUGUUACAGCCCAUUACACAGUGGACAUCCAGGCGGAAAUUAGGUGAAAAAUCGAAGUUGCUCCUAAUUCAAAUACAAAUAGUGGAAAAUGUAGCCCUUUCAAAGGGCUAUCGAAUGGUAUAUAAAUGUCUAUUUUGAAAAUGGUUCCUACG